GUCCGGCAUCGGGAAUUUGAUCAAGAACAGGCAGGACCCAGCGACGAUCCUGGCUUGGUACCAGCUUGCAAAUUUCUAGAUCCUGCAGACGGGAUGGCGGAAAAACGAGGUUGGGGGUUACCCCUCUGGGAGCCCCCCAAGAAAGGGAAACAACAUCUUCCUCAACGUUUGGAGUUGAAACCGCGUCUUUGGAUGUCUUACCAAGUUGCAGCUCUCCAUACGCAACCAAGGGAGGAAGAAGAGCUCGAGGAGCUCGACAAGUAAAGUCAUCAUGGUUGGCGAAGCGCCCGAGAAGAAGACAGACCGGGCACCUGCAGCCACAGCCGACGCCACGGCACUUGCCGGAAGCUCAACACCUACAGCAUCCGACACGGGUGAGACGAAGAAGGCAGAGGAGAGCACCGACAAUGGAAUGACGCUUCGUAGGCAACUUUCCGCCUUCAUCAGGCUCCUAUUCUACUCGCAGCCGACAUGGAUAGACAUCGGGCUCAUUGUUCUGGGCACCGUCGCGGCGGCGGCGGCUGGCACGCCGUUCCCGCUGAUGGGAAUCCUGUUUGGGCAGCUCGUCGACGACAUGAACGGGGCGACGUGCGAGGCCGAGGCGGUGGGCAGUAGCUUCUCGUACGAGUCGUCUAUCAACGAGAAGGUGCUCCAGAUCGUGUACAUCGCCAUCGGUGCCCUCGUGCUCAUCUACACGUACAUCCUCUGCUGGAGCAUCGUCAGCCAGCGCCUGGCCCAGCGGCUGCGCGACCGCUACUUUCACAGCCUGCUGCGCCAGGAGCCGGCCUUCUUCGACAACCGCCGGGCCGGCGAGGUGUCGUCGCGCCUGCACGGCGACAUCCAAGCCGUGCAGUCGGGCACCUCGGAGAAGGUCGGCAUCUUCAUCGCCUGCAUCUCCUUCUUCAUCACCGCCUACGUCAUCGCCUUCAUCAAGGAGCCGCGCCUGGCCGGCAUGCUCGUCUCUCUCGUGCCCGCCUUCGCCAUUAUGGCCCUGGUUGGCGGCGCCUUCGUCCAGAAGUACUCGGGCCUCAUGUCCGACGCCAUCGCCUCGGCCUCCUCCAUCGCCUCCGAGGCCCUGGAGAACGUCGGCGUCGUGCAGGUCUUUGGCGCUGGGCCGCGCCUCGAGGCCAAGUUUGCAAGCCACGUGCUCGUGGCGCGUCACGCCGGCAUCCGGAAGGGCAUCGCUGCUGCCGUCCAGGCGGGAUGCCUGUAUUUUGUGGCCUACGCCGCGAACGCUCUUGCGUAUUGGCAGGGAAGUCGCAUGGUGGUUGAGGCAAUCAACGGCGACGGGAGUUCCAGUGUGGGCCGAAUCUAUACCGUCGUCUUUCUUCUAGUUGAUGCCUGCGUCAUUCUCGGUUCGGUCGCCCCGCUGUUGCCCCUUUUCGGCGGUGCCGCAUCAGCCUUCCUGCGGCUGAGGGGCGACAUUGAGCGGGAAUCCGUCAUCGACGGCACCGCAGACUCUGGCGAGGCCCUACCAUUUGACACGCCGGCUGCUUUGGCUUUUGACAGUGUCUCGUUUGCGUAUUCUUCCCGGCCUGACCAACACGUACUUCGCAACAUCAGCCUCAACUUUCCCGCCGGGAAGCACACUGCCAUUGUCGGCCCUUCCGGGAGCGGCAAGUCAACUCUCGCCUCUCUCAUCGCCCGGUUACAGAAUCCCACGGGUGGGACCGUUUUACUUGAUGGCCGCGAUAUACAAGGUAUCAAUGUCAAGAGCCUGAGGGGCUUCAUCGGGCUGGUCCAGCAGGAGCCGAGUCUUCUGAACCGGUCGAUCUUGGAGAACAUUGCCCUCGGCCUCAUCAACUCGCCCAAUCCCGCCCACGCGGCUCUCAAACCAGUGCUCCUCGGGCCCGAGCUAGCCAAUCUCGCCGCCGAGGGGAAGAACAUCCCGACCGCCGCCUCCAGGAACACGGACCCCCGCGUCGCAGAGAUCGUCGAGCUCGUCCGCAAGGCCGCAGAACUCGCCGACGUGACGGGCUUCAUCGAGCGGCUAGAGGACGGCUACGGCACGACGGUCGGGUCGGGCGGUCUGCUUGUCAGCGGCGGGCAGCGGCAGCGCAUCGCGCUCGCGCGGGCGCUGGUGCGCGACCCCAAGAUCCUCAUGCUGGACGAGGCGACGGCGUCGCUAGACUCGACGAGCGAGCGGCGCAUCCAGGCCGCCGUCGAGCGCGCCGCCGAGAAUCGGACCGUCAUCUCCAUCGCACACCGCCUGUCUACCAUCCGGAACGCAGACAACAUCAUCGUCAUGGAGGCUGGGGAGGUCGUCGAGCAGGGCACGUAUGACGAGCUCAUGGUGCGCGAUGGCGCGUUCGCACGGAUGGCUGGCCUCCAGUCGAUCGGUUCGGGGGAGGCUACCGAGACCAGCUCGCAGAAUGUCUCUUCGAGCCGGACAUCUCUGAAUAUCGAUGCUGCUGGGAAGCAGGGCGUCGAGGCUGUUGCCCGUACCGCCAAGCAGGGCCCUACCAAUAAGAGGGAGGAAGAAGAUGCGGCCGGCGACGACAACGAGCUCGGCAUAUCUUCAAAACUCUCGCUCGCAUCAACUUUCAAGGGCCUUGCCCAAUACGUCCGUCCGUCCCUUAUAUGGCUUGUGCCGGCGGUGAUCGCCGCCGUCAUCGUCGGGGCUACCUUCUCCGGUGCCGGCCUCAUCUUUGGCAACACAGUCGGCGCCCUCAACCCGUGCGAGAAUACCACCGACAAAAUCCUGUACUACGGUAGAUUCUUCGCAGGCCUGUUGUUCAUGCUCGCGGUUGUCGAGCUCUUUGCCAAUUUCGUCGCCUGGUCGGCCUUUGGUCUCAUCGCCGAGAGGCUGCUGUGCACGAUCCGGGUCCUAUCCUUCCGCUCACUGCUCGCGCAGCCUCUCGACUGGCACCAGGCCGCGGACCGGAGCCCCUCGGGUCUCCUCUCCGUCAUCACCAAGGACAGCGCGGCGGUGGGCGGUUUCAGCGGGUCCAUUAUCGGCACCGUGUUCUCCAUCCUCGUCAACUUCGUCAUCGCCAUCGUGCUCUCGCACAUCGUCGCCUGGAAGAUCGCCAUCGUGUGCCUCGUCGUGGUUCCCAUCCUCCUCGGCUCGGGCGUGAUGCAGCUGCGCAUGCUGUCGCGAUACGAGGAGCGGCACGCCGAUGCCUACUCCCGGGCCACGGGCAUCGCCGUCGAGGCGGUCAACUCGAUCCAGACCAUCGCGGCGCUGUCGCUCGAGGACGAGGUGAUGGCCACGCACUCACGGGUUCUCGCGGCGGCGCGCAACGAGGUGGUGCGGCAGUCGGCGCUCGCCAACAUCUGGCUCGCCCUGUCCAACAGCACGGGCUUCCUCAUCUACGCCUUCGCCUACUGGUGGGGGUCGCGCCUCAUCAUGAAGGGCGAGUACUCGCAGAAGCAGUUCUUCAUCAUCCUCGUCGCCAUGCUCGUCAGCGCGCAGCUCUGGGGCCAGAUGUUCACCCUCGCCCCCGAGUUCUCGCGCGCCCGCUCCGCCGCCUCGCGCAUCCUGCGCGUCAUCAACCUCGGGUCCGGCAGCCGGGAGCAGAAGGUGCUCCCACGGGCCGACAUCCCCGGGGACGACUCAUCCGCCGGGCCGGCGACGGAGAAGGAUAUCGAGGCCGUCGCCGAGGCGAAGCCCAGGUCCUCCUCCCCCGAUGUUGACGGUGACGGACCCCGGGGCGUCCGGGUCACGUUCGACGGCGUAUCGUUCGCGUAUGCGGCGCGUCCCGACGCGCCGGUGCUCCACGACGUGACAUUCACGGUGCAGCCGGGCCAGUUCUGUGGGCUGAUUGGCCCGUCCGGGGCAGGCAAGUCUACCAUCAUGAAGCUAGUGCAGGGUAUCUACGAGGCAACAUCGGGCACCGUGACCAUCGACGGGGAAGACCUCUCCCGGCGCGGGGCGGCGGGCGACCACUUCCGCGACGACAUCGCCAUCGUGCCGCAGGACACGGCUCUCUUCGACGGCAGCGUCAAGUUCAACGUGGGCCUCGGGGCGCGCCCCGGCCGCGACGCCACCGACGCCGAGAUUGAGGAGGCGUGCCGGCGGGCCAACAUCCACGACACGAUCGUGGCGCUGCCGCAGGGGUACGACACCGAGUGCGGGCCGCGGGCGUCGCAGCUGUCGGGUGGGCAGCGGCAGCGCCUGUCUAUCGCGCGGGCGCUGGUGAGGCGGCCGCGCCUGCUGCUGCUGGACGAGAGCACGAGCGCGCUCGACGCCGAGAGCGAGAGGGUGCUGCAGGAGAGUCUGGAGAUGGUCGCGCGGGACAUCACUGUCAUCGCCAUCACGCAUCGCCUGCACACGGUGCGCAAGGCCGACGUCAUCUUCGUGGUCGAGGGCGGGCGCGUCGUCGAUAGCGGGAAGCACGUCGAGCUGAUGGAGCGGAGCGAGAGCUACAGGGUCAAUGCCCACCAGCAGAUGUUGCAGUAGUGGCAUGAGAGAGGGAUGGAUGGGAUCUGUUGGAGAUGAAGGAGCAAAGGGAAGAAAAGAAAGAAAACAAACCAACACAAAAUAAUUAUACAUUGUAAUUAGCUAUCCAGCCAGCGUUGUGGAUACAUCGGGAAUUUUAUAGAGAGGAAGGUGCUUCAAAAGGCAAAGGGGGAAGCUCGCGGUAGCCUCAAUCAUCAAG